CAUGUGCACUUCCUGUUCGCCAUCUCCUUCGGGGCCGAGGUUACUUCUGCCCUCCGGCCCGGCGCUCGGGCAGGGAGGGUGCGCGGUGGUCCGCGGCCUUGAGCUUGGGUGCCGGCCGGCGUGCAGUGCCCGGCUGCCCGAAGCGGAGCCGGGAAGGUUAGGGGCAGGGAGUCCACGUGCUCGGGGCUCGGUCUUGCACUGCAAACUCCGCCCCCGGCUGCCUUCCAGCAAAAUGCCUGGGUUCCCACCGCCGCCCCUCACGCGAGUUGGGGUAGCAAUUUCAUUGGGAAGCCGCGCUCUCGAGAUCUUCUUGCACUUGGUUUCUGCUUUAAAGCUUUCCUUUUUCCACCUUUUGGGUGGUGGUGGGAGGAGUCAUAAGUGCAGAGAAAUGACAGACUUUUUUUUUUUUCUUACUUGCAACUCCGCGGUGAGCGGUUAAUUAUUUCCAGAGUUCUGGAGAAAUCGUUCCAACUUCGUUUGAAUGUUCUAGUGAAGUUAAUGAAGGUAUUGAAGAGAUGCUGUAAAGCUUUCUGUAGGAAAGAAGAUAGACUGGAAAAUGAGUGUGUACCGACCACUGAGAACAGUUCAUAGUUGAGGAAGAAAAGUAAAUGAACUGAAGAGAAGUGAAGAGACAUUUACAUAAAGCCGGAAGACUGGAACACUGCAAACAGUUUAAAAAAUAUACGAGUAAAUGGGUCCAGUAAUUGGAAUGACUCCAGAUAAGAGAGCUGAGACCCCAGGAGCUGAGAAGGUUGCAGGACUGAGUCAGAUUUACAAAAUGGGAAGUUUGCCUGAGGCUGGGGACGCUGCCAGGCCGAAGGCCACUCUUGUGGGCAGUGAGUCAGCAGAUGAUGAGCUAACAAACUUGAACUGGCUUCAUGAGAGCAGUAACCUUCUAACAAACCUCAGGCUUGGAAGUGAAGGCCUUCCCAUGGUCAGCCCACUGUAUGACAUAGAGGGAGAUGAGAUGCCAUCCUUUGGACCAGCGUGCUACCAGAACCCAGAAAAAAAAUCAGCAACUUCAAAGCCCCCAUACUCCUUUAGUCUUCUCAUUUAUAUGGCUAUUGAACACUCGCCAAAUAAAUGUUUGCCUGUCAAAGAAAUUUACAGCUGGAUUCUGGAUCGCUUCCCAUACUUUGCCACUGCACCUACAGGCUGGAAGAAUUCUGUUCGGCAUAAUCUAUCCCUGAAUAAAUGCUUUCAGAAAGUGGAAAGAAGUCAUGGCAAGGUUAAUGGAAAAGGCUCCUUGUGGUGUGUUGAUCCAGAAUAUAAGCCCAAUCUUAUGCAGGCCUUAAAGAAGCAACCUUUUUCUUCUCCACAAAGUGCCGCUUUAUCACCUCACUACUUAAGCUCUGUUCUCAAGCAAAGGCAAGUGCAGACCCUUCAAGAAUCUGAUAUUGAUGCAGCCACUGCAAUGAUACUUUUAAAUACUUCAAUAGAACAAGAGAUUUUAGAAUGUGAGAAGCCACUGCCUCUUAAAACAUCACUGCAGAAGAAGAGGAGUUACGGCAGCGCGUUCAGUGCCCCCAGUGCUGUGCGACUGCAGGAGAGCCAGUCUCCAACCGCCAGCGUCGACCCAAAAGCAGACCACAACUACAGCGCCAACAGCGUGGCGGCCCAGCGUUGCGCAUCCAGGGCCAGCAUGUCUUCUCUGUCCUCUGUGGAUGAGGUGUAUGAGUUCAUCCCAAAGAGUAGCCACGGCGGGAGCGAUGGUAGCGAAGGCUUCCACAGUGAAGAGGAGACAGAUGCUGAGUAUGAGGAGGACCCUCUGGGAGACAGUGGCUACGCGCCGCAGCCUCAUGGAGACAGUACUCCGAAAGGGCAGCCAGGCCAAAAGAUCCCAAAACCAUCCUGUCAAGAGAUCGAUGAGGAGCUCAAAGAAGCAGCCGGGUCGCUGCUCCACCUCGCUGGAAUCCGCACUUGCCUUGGCUCCCUCAUAAGUACUGCGAAGGCACAGAGUCAGAAGCACCGGGAAAAGUAGAAAUGCACAGAGUGUGAAGUUAUCCUAAAGUGUGGCACUGCUCUUCUACUUAACUUUUUACAAGGAUAUCAGAGCCAUAGCGGAUGGACCUCUUCAGCUGAGGGUGGGGGAGGGAUGCCACUUGUUUCUUUCUAAAUCUUUUUGGUUGCUUUUCUUUUUUGUUUAAUUAAUCAGUUGCUCUUAGGAUCAUGCCUAAUUGUAAAUCUGACAUAAAGGACCCCACAAUUUAAUUUCUGUGAAUAAGUGUCUCCCAAAUUUGGAAAAUUUUGUAUAGGAAAAUUCUCAGGCUCUGUGUUAAACUUACAGGAAAAAAAGUCCCUUUUUCUAAUCGGUAAAAAAUUGGUAACUCGGACUUUUCCUUUUUCUUCCCAUUCUGCUAUUAACUAGUUACUGGCAUCUUUCUCACGUGCUUCUCUCCUGACACUGCAGAAGGGUGGAAGGGGGAUCUUUUGUCUUUGUUUUCAGGUUACUCUUUGUUACAGCAUGAGCAUAGCCUUAUGAAUUGGAAAGAUCCUAGAUGCCUAGAAGGUUCUCUGGUUUGUAGAGAAUAUAACUGCUCUAAGGAUUAGGAAAGGCCAUUUGGGGAUGUGGCUCAUCUUAAGACUAAGUCCUCCUGCAAUAGUUAUCUCUGAAAUGUUUUUACCUCACAGUUAAUGCAUAGCUUCACUGGGGCCUUUACCUUUUCCCAGAAUACUCUGCAAGUGUUUAAGUUUUAGCUGCUAGCUGUCUUUGUUAAGUAAGAAUUGUCUGAUGAGAGGAUACAGCCAGAGUGUGUCAUGGAAUGACAGUCAUCGUGACACACUUGUACCGAAAGAGAUCCUUGCAUUUGUUUUCUCAGCGUACUGUAAUGAAGAUGUGUUAUGACAUCAUAAGUAAAGGGAAGUCAUUGAGGGCAAGGCUUUCCAAACUUUGUAUAAUUGAAAUUAAAUGUGUAAGGAAUUAGAUUUAAAACAUUAUUAAAUGUUCCCAUUAAGGAAAAUACAGAGAUAAAUAUCUUCAGGGAUUUCAAAAUACAUGUAAAAAUUGGAUCUUACACAAAACUCUUUGAGAAGGCAAUGUAAUACCUGUAUGUGCCAUUAAUCCACGCUAAAAGAUUUUUAUAUUACUAUUUCAAAAGUGCAUUGGCUAAGAUAUUUUAAGUAUUUGAGUGGAACUGCUUAUGUAAGUCAGUUUUCAUAUCACUUACAGUUUGAUUAUAGUAUUUAGAGCAGGGAUACUAAUACUAUAACUCACAUAUAUAUUUUUUUACAGUGGUGAGAGAAACUUUGGGAAAGUUUAGUCUUAUCUCAUGAUACGUCCUGUAUUCUAGACAGCAACCUUUGAAUUUUUCUCAUUUAUAUGGAUAUAUACACUUGCUGUAUGCAACAUACAUAGGCUCAGGUUAGUUUCCUGCUUUCAAAUGUUUUUAUGACUAUGGACUUUUUUAAAGAGACAAAUGUUUUUAUUUUUACUUCUAUUUUUUUUUUCUGGGCAAUACUGUCAAAUGAGAAGAAAAACAGAAGCCUGUUUCUUAAUUAACAACACUUAAGCUAUAACAGUAUUGAUACACUCCCGUUUCCAUGUUAGUUGUAAUUAAAUCUGGAUAGCCAAAUUAAUGGAAUUGGUGCUACUAAAAUAUAGACAUUUUUCUUUUAUUGAUAAUGCAGGAUGAGGAAUUUGGAAUUUUUCUAAUUCAUAAAUGUCAUCUCUCCAGAAAACAAUUAUAUGAAGUUAGUUUUUACUGCAGUGAAUAAAACACCAAGCAGAAGUGUGAAGUGUGGUCUUAUUGUGGUACAAGUCUUGAAGAGAUGGUAGACUUGAGUGGAUAGCAGGGAAAUGUGAAGCAGGUCACCACGCCCUUCUGGGUGGACCGGUCACAGGGUCACCACAUUCCGUGCUCCACCAGCAGUAUGUCUCCCAAGUCCCUGUGCAGCGGGCACGUUGUUCUGCAAGUGGAAGAAAAUGGUCUGAAGUAGGAGGAAGGAGUUGUUCUCAGCUCCAAGAGAAAGACCUCUCCAGAAUUCGUGUUUAGGCAGUAACUUGAAUUCCUUUCCCUCCUCCUUCAAAUGGCCUCUUAAAGCAACAGCCAUUAGCAAGGAUGAUACGUGGCCGUGCACUCAAGACUAAUAAGCAGCGUUCCCGAACACCGCACACUUGGCUCUCUUACAGGAUUCGAUUUCUCACUUUUCAUUUGCUGCUGCGUCUAAGCAUCCACCUUCAAAGGGAGAGCCUUUGUGAUCUGGUCCCUUGUGCUGUUCUUGGAGACAGAUUAUGUUCCUGUUUGGUGUGCUCAGAUUGGAGCCUGGCUUGGAACCAUCCAGGCGACGAAUUGUAUGGGCUAGAAAUUCCCAAUAGAUAACAAGCUUUGUGUAUGAAGUAAACACGGCUUAGAAAUCCAGGGACAGCCCAGGUCUCAGUGAUUUAAAGCUGGUGUUGGCUAAGGUAUACUCUGUCUUACACCGAAACAAGAAUUUGGUUGGAACGAAUUCCAUUUCUAAUGGAUGCCUAAAAGAGGUUGGGUCUUACUGUUAACUGUUAACUUCAUUUUCCACUUUGCCAAGAGAAUCAGUGUUUCUUGAGUAUGACUUUGAAAUUUGUGCAAUAUAUUACUAAAAUAGUUGGGUUUUUUUUUUUUUUUUUGGUUUUUUUGUUUUUUGCUUUCAAAUUUAGAAUGAAACAUUGCCUAGAUCAGUAGAAAAGCAAGGGGUGUGCCACCCCCUUUCCUUGGAGCCUUUUCUGUUCUCAUAGCCAGCUCUACUUCUCUUGACUGGGAUUCCUCUGUAUAUUGUAAAGUUUAGCAUAUGUUCUCUGCUUUCUGAGGCAUUAUGUAAAGGGUUCAUACUAGAUGGUCAGUUAAAUACAUGUUUAGCAUUAGCGUAGUUCAAAGCUGGAGCAGGCGUUGAGGGAAUGCUUGUGUCUUGUAGACUGGAGGCCUUUUCAGUAGCUUAGGCUGUUGUCCCAGAUGAACAGCAGCUUAAUGCCUUUUGAAAACUAUAUAAAGCGACUUUAGAGGCUUUCAGGUUUACAUAUAUGUCGUAGGUAUUUUUUUUUUAAUUUUGAAAUGUUUGAGUUUUGAUUAAAGUUUACUCCAGUGUGUUAAUGAUGUAAUCAAAUAUUUAUUGAAAGGCAAAAUAGAAUAUUUUAAUGUUAUCCCUGCCAUUUUUCAAGAAUAUUCUUUGCAUCUAACUGCCAGUGCCAUUGUCAAACUUGUUUUCAAAAUUGUUGUACUUUUUUAUUAAACAGAGUGCUUAAUUUUAAAGUAUUAUGUUGCCAUCAUAUAGUGUAUAAAAUGUAAAAUUGCCAAUUCAUUGUACCUUUUAUUUAUUUUUAAACUAAAGUAUAAGAAUACCUUUUGAUUAAAGAAAUUUGUUAUUGUUUUUUUUUUCUGAUGUAGCAUAAAAACUUCUGAGUUUAACUGCCAAUAGAUGACCAGCCACAAGUGAACCACUUCUCAGUUGCCAGCCUUGCUUAUAGCAGAAGCAACUUACAAACAUUUAGUUUUUGUAUCUAAUCUCUGACUAUUAAAAUGUUUAUAAAGUUUAUUUUUACCAAAGAGAUGCAAUUCAUUAUGAUAAAGUUGCAGAAUAAAUGUCGUUUUAUAACA